AUGCACGCCUCAUCUUUCGACAACGAGAUCCGCGAUGUCAUUAUCAUCGGCGCUGGGCCUUGCGGAUUGGGCGUCGCUGCCCGCUUACAAGAGGAAACUCCCUCGGCAAUGUUCACAGAUGAAGAACACCAGCGAUAUCAUUGGAUUAAGAAGCAUACGGGACGGAUGAAGCUCGUUCAAGCAGGAAACGCCAAGUUGAAUGGGGUGCGGGCAGAGAAAUGGAAUGCAGCUAAAAAAUGUCCCUGUGAUAUUAAAGAAGAACAACAGAAUAUGGAUGGACGCCGAGGAUCAGUUGACUCGGUAUCGUCUGUUCCUUCGCUUUCCUCGUCUACAACCUCUUCCGAUUCGACAUAUUCCACUCUUGUUCUCGACGGCACGGGCGAUAAAUGGAUGCAGCGAUGGAACAACGCUUUCCGAACGUUGGAAAUAAAGCAGCUACGCAGUCCGAUGUUUUUUCAUCCAGAUCCUGGUGAUCGGGAUGGUAUGCUGGCUUAUACACAAAAGGUCGGUCGGGAGAGUGAUUUGUGGGAAAUUUCAGGCUGUGUCGGGAAGGAGAUGAGCAAGCAUAAGAAGAAGAAAAGAAGACAAGGCGGAAAGCAGCAGUGA